GGGUGCCCCUGCUGUGAUUUUCUUAAAUGCUAAGAAACACUGUGUUGACACACACUGUCAACAAUGUGUGGUGAUAAGAUGUUGCCCUAUACCCUAAGGGUGUCUUCCAUUCCAUAGAUCUCACCUACCUAAAUCUCCCUGGUCAUCUCUACCCGUUCCCCAGGUCUACCUAGUGCCAACAGUGAUGUUAAAGCAUGAUGGGGCCAACUGCAUUAAACAUACUUUAUUAUUCUUUUAAAGUAAUCUCUAUAUCCAACGUGGAGCUCGAACUCACAACCCCAAGAUCAAGAGUUGUCUGCUCCACCGACUGAGCCAGCCAGGUGCCCCAAACAUACUUUAAAGUUCUAUAAACUGACGCAUUAACACCCACAAAAUGGGGUGCUCCUAGGUAAACCUUGCCCUUCACCCCCACCCCAAGAAUAUCUUGAGACUUUAAAUAGCUCUAGGCCAUACGAUCUGAUAGUCACAGUGAACACGGGACCACUAUCAACAGAACCAGCCAAUCCCAAGCCUGCUCACCCAGGUUUGCCCGUUCCUUCCCAGAAGCCACAACAAAGUCUGUCCACGUCUCCGCUCCCAGGGAGUUCCGGCUUCCUCUCGACCAGCCGCAAAGCCCCUCCUGGGUGUCCCGAGUGGCACAUUGUUCUCCUCCGGAACCGUGGCGUUUGAUCCUCUGGUCUAUUUAACAAGGUCUUCUCUUGUACAAGAUUGUGACUUGGAGUUUCUUAUUUCUUCUAAUAAAAAGCCAGAAGAGUGGAAAGGGAUGAGCUCAGUGAAACUCUGCUCUGUAAAGCUGAACGAUGGGUUCUUCAUGCCCAUGCUGGGAUUUGGCACCUCUGCUCCUAAUAAGGUUCCUAAGAGUGAGGUGGAAGAGGCUGUCGUGAGAGCAAUCGAUGUAGGCUACCGCCAUUUUGACUCCGCUUACUUGUAUCUAAAUGAAGAAGAGAUUGGGAGGGCCAUCCGGAAGAAGAUCGCUGAUGGCUCUGUGAAGAGAGAGGACAUAUUCUACACUUCAAAGGUGUGGGGAACCUUUUUACGUCCAGAAUUGGUUCGAACCAGCUUGGAAAUAUCGCUGAGUAAACUUCAGUUGAGCUAUGUGGAUCUUUAUCUUAUACAUAUCCCAAUACCUUUGAAGCCUGGGGAAGAGCUCUUCCCAAAGGACGAACACGGAGAACUCAUUUUCGACACAGUGGAUCUCUGUGCCACGUGGGAGGCCAUGGAGAAGUGUAAGCAUUCAGGGCUGGCCAAGUCCAUCGGGGUGUCCAACUUCAACCGCAAGCAGCUGGAGAGGAUCCUGGACAAGCCCGGCCUCAAGUACAAGCCCGUGUGCAACCAGGUGGAGUGUCACCCUUACCUCAACCAGAGCAAACUGCUGGAGUUCUGCAAGUCCCAGGACAUCGUCUUGACUGCGUACGCGGCCUUGGGGUCCAACUCAGGGAAGGAAUGGCUGAGCAAGAACAACCCGGUUCUCCUGGAGGAUCCAGUGCUCAGUGCCAUUGCUGCAAGGCACAGGCGAACCCCAGCCCAGGUGGCCCUGCGCUACCAGCUGCAGCGGGGGGUGGUGGCCCUGGCCAAGAGCUUCAAUGAGGAGAGAAUUCGGGAGAACUUCCAGGUUCUGGAUUUCCAGUUGACACCAGAGGACAUGGAAAGUCUAGACAGUCUAAACAGGAACAUUCGCUAUUUUGUGGAUCCUUUAUUUAGCCGUCAUCCGGAUUUCCCAUUUUCUGAUGAGUGUUAACAGCAGUGUCUGUGCUCCCUCCAGAGUUCUUUGAUUUUGUUCGAUGAUUGGCGAACACCAGGCACUUGGUUUAUCCCCUGUUGCUGCCUCGUCAACCACAGUGUGACUCCGCAGGUUAGGAAAUGAAAGUCUCUAAACCCAGUCUUUUCCCUCCAAAGUAAAUGAGAAUACAUUUCAAACAACCUAACCUAUCAAUGCCCUGACUUUUUAGUCUGUUUUGCUGUUUCCUGUGUCACUGAGGUUAAAAUGCUGAUAUGCACUGAAGUGAUCACAAGGAAAAUAUAAAGCCCUAAAAAAAACAAACAAACAAACAAAAAACUAACCAUUUAGUUAUUUCCAAAGUCUAGCUUUUUACUUGUUCAUAAGAAUUUUUUUCUCUUUGGCUCUGAGAAUUUACUACACUUAUACAAUUUUAUCAGACCUUUUAAAGGGAUCUAAAACUCAAUUCAUAGGUAAUAUGUCAUAUUUCAUAAAACUGUCAUAUUUCCACAAAAAAAUUAGUCAUAAUGCCACAAACAAGGAAAGUGUCAAGCUGAAUGAAAAGGGACGACCGAGAUCUGAAAAUUAUCUGAUAAAGAUUUUAAAGCCACCAUUAUAAACACUGUUCCAACGAGCAAUGACAAACACACUUGGAACUAGUGGAAAGAUAGAAAGUUUCAAUAAAGAAACAGAAGAUAUAAGGAAUUACAAAAUGGAAAUUUUAGAGCUGAAAAUUACAAGAAUCAAAACAAGAAACUCAAAGGAUAAACAGAGGGGGUGCCUGGGUGGUCCAGUUGGUUGAGUGUCCAACUCUUCCAUUUCAGCUCAGGUCAUGAUCUCACGGUUUGUGGGCUCAAGCCCUGAGUCAGGCUCUUCGCCGACAGUGGGAAGCCCGCUUGGAAUUCUCUCUCCCUCCCUCAAAAAUAAUUAAAUAAACUUUAAGAAAAAGACAUUGAGGGACAGAGGAAAUAAUUAACGUACUGGAAGAUAAAACAAUAUAAAUAACCCAACAGGAACAAGAGAGAGAAAGUCAGCUGGAAAAAA